AUGUCAACUGGAAGCGGCAACAUCAAACCAGGGCGUGGGUCCAGGAUUCAGCAUGAUGUGAAAGCAGCCAGGUCCCUCACGGCCUGCGUGCCUGUGGGUCAGCAGCUGAUGUUCCCACAGCCCGCCAAAGGUUCCCACUGCAUCAAGACUGUCCCUGACCACACCCCUCUGGUCCAUGUCCCCUUAACUGUCCAUGUGGAUCUUUCUACCCAAGCCACAGGGCUCCAUGAUGAUCCAGAACACAUCAGGAGCCCUGUUGCCAGAAGAGCUCACUGCUUCAACACCUCGCCAUCCUGGCUACAGUAUCGCUCAGGAGAGGGAGCUUUCCUAAGUCCUUCGAUCCCGCGCAGCACUGGCCCACCCUCGUCCACUGUCAUCACUGACUACCAGUGUGAUUUUCAUGAAACCCUUACGGGGAAGACCAUCACGCUCGAGGUACCCUCGGACACUAGAGAAAAUGUAAAGGCCAAGAUCCAGGAUAAGGAAGGAAUUCCUCCUGACCAGCAGAGGCUGAUCUUUGCUGGAAAGCAAGUGCAAGAUGGGCGUACUUUGUCUGACUACAACAUUCAGAAGGAGUCCACCCUUCAUCUUGUACUGAGACUUCGUGGUGGUGCUGAAAAAAGGAAGAAGUCUUACACCACUCCCAAGAAAAAUAAGCACAAGAGAAAGAAGGUUAAGUUGGCUGUCCUGAAAUAUUAUAAGGCAGACGAAAAUGGUAAAAUUAGUCGCCUUCGUCGAGAGUGUCCUUCUGAUGAGUGUGGGGCUGGGGUUUUUAUGGCCAGCCAUUUUGACAGACAUUACUGUGGCAAGUGUUGUCUGACUUACUGCUUCAACAAACCAGAGGACAAAUAAUUGCG